UGCGUCAUCAUAAACGACACGAGUUAGAAGUGGGGAGACGUGAAAAUGAAAACUGGAGGGAAAAGGAAAAGUGUCUAUCUUUCAACAGAAAAUUCUGAAGAAAAUGAGUUAAAUAUGUCUCCGAAAAGGAAACGUAGCAAAACAGAGAAUAACAAUUCCUACAAACAUGAUGCAGAGAUUUGCAUGAAAAUGAACAUGAAAGAAAUGGGAGUAGGCUUGUUGCCUACCAGUGAUAAUGAAGAUGAGGACAGUGACUCCGAGAUUGGAGUGCAGUUACUUUCAGAUAGAACAGACGAGUCAUCCAUGGACUCCCUUCCCCAAAAGUCACCAACAAGUCAUAUAAAACAAGCGGACAUUGUCAUGAUCACUCCACCAGAACAGCUGCUCUCGUACAGGUCGAGGCGAUCUGUUAAGAACAGCUGCAAGCUAGAUAUAUUCUCAAUACUAUCAGAUGAGAUUGUGCUGAUGAUUCUGCAGUGGCUGCCAAAAAGGACAUUGUCAGUGUGUGCGAUGGUGUGUCAGCGCUGGCGGCGUGUCGUGUAUGACGAGUCACUCUGGGAACGUAUUGAUCUCACCAAUCAGGUAUUAAGGCCUGAUCAGGUUGGCUACGUGCUACAGCGCAAUCCUGCCAUACUGCGGAUGUCACAGGUUGAGGCGGGCAGGCACCCAGCUCAGUCUGCUCCCCUCCACUUAUUUGCCUCCUGUCUCACUUCCCAAGCAUUUCCACCACUGCCACCUCCACUCCCUUGUGUCACUGCGCACUGUUGUUGGUUUCAAAGAUGA